AUGGUGAAGCCGCCCAGCGUAGUUCAACAGACCAAGUCCGAUCCAAUGACCCACAACAGUCCCCCACUUCCUACACCGGCCGCACGACCCAGACAAGAUACAAAGGUCGAAUCGCCCCGGAGAGAAGCUCCAAGAGGACAGGCCGAAACUCGUCCUGUUCGACCGCGUUACAAAGGCCGCCCAGACCGUGCCCGCGGUCAAGAUCGACGUGAAACUCCUCCUCCAUGGCGACCUAGAGACAAGCCGCCAUCUCCGAGGCCGAGAAGAGUUUAUCAGGAAGGACCCCCGCCCGUUCGCCGUCAGCAACUCCCUAACAACCAGAUUACGGAUUACGAUUCCCCAGACCGAUCGGAUUACGAGUCCGACUACAGCUACUACGAUGACCGGCGGCCUCGGCCGCCUCAGAAGAAGAGACGUCGCAACUGA